AUGCAGUCAUCGCAGCCAACGACUUUGACCGACGGCGCUGACACAGAUGAGCUCGCCAGGUUCAGAAAGGCCUGGAGGGAGGAGGUCUACAGGAAGAAGGAAGGACCCGCCGUAGCACCCCCCAAGCCCGACAGCGAGCCCCCUUCAGACGUCCUGCCCAACAGCACCAGCACCGUCGACCAUACGCACCCCCCAAGUCGCAGCUCACCCGCAAUCACCCAUGGUGAGGCAGGGGUUACGCCGAAGCCCGGAUCUUCUCACCUCCCUCCGCUGAGCGCGAAACUCGCUCGCGCGGUCGAGGUGUACCGCCGCGCGGUACACUGUGAGCAACAGAGCAACCUCGACGAGGCGCUCGUGCUGUACCGCACCGCGUUCCGCAUGGAGCCCAACGUUGACAAGGCGUACGGUCAGGUCGAGCUGAUUGCCGCGGCCCAUUCUAUCUCUUCCAGCCAUGCCUACACCGGACCGCCGCACAAGCGCCACCAGAAAACUGCGUCCUCGUCGGGCGGCGGCGUGCACGAGAUCACGCGAGGCGUCGGUGAAGUGGACUUGCGCCCUGCGCCCGUGCCUGUCGUGCACACGGGCGCGUGCACGGUCGUCUCGGGGACGCUGGCGAGCGUGGUAGCGAGCUGGCCUCGUAAUCUGGCCUUUGAGCCGGAGGACGAGCGCGAGGCGCUGCCGUUCAGGAGCCUGCCGGACGAGCUGCUCGUGCAUAUCCUCCAGUAUCUCGACACUGCUGCGCUCGAGAGAUUCGCGGCGGUCAAUCGCAAGGCGCGUGUUCUCAGUCUGGACGUCGCGAUAUGGAGGGAAUUCGUGCAUGCGGUUUACAAGCCACCGCAGAUUGCAGAGGACGAGGACUUAGCUACGCUGUUGGAGAAGUACACGCCGGAUUACCGACGGCUGUAUGUCGAGCAGCCUCGCGUACGGUUGGAUGGGGUGUACAUCGCUGUGUGCCAUUACAUCCGUGCCGGUCUCAGCGAGAACGCGUGGGUGAAUGUGAGUCACCUCAUCACGUACCACCGGUACCUGCGAUUCUAUCCGAACGGUGAAGUGCUGUCCUUGCUCGCGAACGAUCAAGUCCCACCACGCCAAGUCAUCUCAACCCUUAAGCCGACCCUACGGAUGAAGGGAUUCUUCAUCGGGAACUGGUACCUUGACGGCACGACAGUGCGCGUCACGAACUUGCUGGACCCGAGCGGCGGCUUCGUGCGGUACGCGUUCCAGAUGAAGCUCGAGCUGCGCUCGCGGCCGCUCGGGCGAUGGAACCGUCUCGAUUUUCGCGCGUACGACUCAGUCGACAUCGCCAGUGGGGAGGCGACGCCGCUCGCGCUCAAUCAUGAACGCUCCUUCUGGUUCUCGAAGGUGCGGUCAUACGCGUCGGCGUGA